GAUGAGAGCAUGGGGCCAAGGGCUCAAGGCUCAGCUUUUCCGUCACGAAGGAUCUUGGGCACUCUCCGUUCACAUCUUCAGUUUGUACCAAAGCGUUCCAACGUGUUGCUGACAAGUUUACAAGCUGUUUGGAGGCCAUUGCUCUUAGGUUGGAGGCCCGCUAGUGGGUUGGAGACAAAGCUAUUGCUGCCACCGCUAGCCAUUUGUAGUCGCCCAAAGUCCGCGUCAUGGAGGUGAUUAUCACAGGCGGUCAGGGAUUUCUUGGGCAAGAGCUAUGCAGGCACCUAUUGAAGAAAGGCGAGCUGAAGACUUCCAGUGGAGUCAUGCAGGAAGUUCAAAGGAUUUGUCUUUUUGACAACGUGGCGCCUGCGACCACUAGCGGAGUGAAUGCUCAUCCCAAGGUUGUGAUCGAGACUGGAGAUCUCACAAAUGCAGAAACCUGCCAAAGACUCAUGCGCCCAAACGCCUCUGUCUUUCACCUCGCGGGAGUGAUGAGUGGCGCAGCUGAAAAAGACUUUGAUCUAGGUUUGCGGGUGAACCUUGAUGGCACUCGAAACUUAUUGGAUGCGUGUCGUGCACAAGGUGCAUCUCCAGCGCCAAAGUUUAUUUUCACUUCAUCUCUAGCUGUCUUUGGCGAGACCUACGUGGAGCCUGGAACACCCGUAGGCGAUACCGACAAGAUUGUGCCAAAGAACACGUAUGGCAUGACAAAAGCCUGCGGCGAGCUUUUGGUGAAUGAUUACACCAGGAAGGGCUUUGUGGAUGGUCGCACAGCACGGCUCCCCACCGUGAUCGUGCGGCCUGGGCUGCCAAAUGCUGCAACCACCAGUUGUUACUCAGGUGUGAUCCGAGAGCCGCUGCACGGCGUCGAAGCCGUGUUACCCAUCGCACGGGAUUUGCCUCAUCCAGUCACGAGCACCAGAGCGCUGAUUGCAAACUUAGUGAUCCUCCAUGAUGCAACCUGGCCGGAUCGUGUGGACCGUGCUCUGAAUCUGCCCUCGAGACCAUCCUCCUUGCAACAGCUCGUUGACGCCCUUUACGAGGUCGUGGCACCUGCAGAGCACAGCAAGCUGGGCAAAAUAGUAGACAAGGAGGACAGCUUCCUGUCAGGCGUGGUUCGUGGUAUGGGUUCGCACCUAAGCCACGAGCGUGCAAAAGAACUUGGGAUGCUGGAAGUGCCGAAUAUGGCCACAGUGGUGCGAGAAUUCCUGGAGGAUUUCGGCGAGAAGACCGUCGUUUCAAACAAGCGCCAGCGCGUAGCAUGAGACAAAAAGGGCUAUGCUCAACCGAUCUCAACCUCUUUUGCAGAACGUGUAGUGUGAACUGUGAGUUUUUCAUAGAUUGAAG